CUGAAAUAAAUUCUUGUCGUAUAUGAAGGCGCUGGCCGCUCUAUCUUUUCCUCUAAUCAUCUUUUCACAAUUUCCAUUCCUGUCGCUCGUUUGACUAUAUACCCCGACAUUCGUUAAAUCAAUACGACAUGCGUAUCCAAUCUUUCGUCCUUUUGGCCGGUGCCACUGCCGCCAUCGCUACCGACACAGUCUCUCUUUUCCUAAUUGGCAUCGAUGAGCAACCACUUGAGGGCAAGGUCAUUGGCACUACCGGUUCCAUGACCAAAUAUCUCAUCAAGUGUGCUGCUGGCGUUGACUCCACCGAAUGCGGCCUUCCCUAUGAUGGUAUGACUGUGGCCCAAGGCCCUUCAACGGUUAGCAUGGCAUACGCCACGGGACGUAUGUCCAUCGCUGAGAACUGCCAGUAUGAUUCCAAAAGCGUGACCUGCACCGUAAGCCUCGACGAGGAAGGCAUAACCACUACCUUCUCCUCUGCCGUCGCCCUCACCGAAAUUCCCGGUGGCGGCGCUUUGAUGCCUGUCACUAUCACCGGAACUGGAACGGAGAAGGCUGUCGCCACUACUGGUGCCUUCGUAUCGGCUCCUACCGCUGCCUCGACUACCGGUGGUACUAGCAUUGGUACUAGCACUAGCGAGUCCUCGGAUAGCAGUAGCGCUGCUGCCACCAGCCAGACUGAAUCUGGCAACGCUGCUAUGCCUAUGAUUACUGGAAACGCGCGCUGGGCUGCCGGGGUGUGGAAAACAGGGCUUCCCGUCCGCUCAGCCGUACUUAAGCCACACGCCGGAAAGCCAAAAACCCGCGCACUGCGCGUAUCCUCAAAGCCCGGGAGCCGCAACUCAUCGAACCCCCCCAAGAAGACCCUGAUUUUCCACGGCGCAAAAUGCCCCCAACCGCUGGACACCGUGCUGAAGACCUUCCAUGCUUUGACGAAGCCCCACAACGUUCUUUUCCACAAGAAGAACGAGAACUUGCACCCAUAUGAGAACUCAGAGAGCCUGGAAUUCUUGGCGAACAAGAACGAGUGUGGACUCGUAGCAUUCGGAAGCCACAACAAGAAGCGACCCAACUGCGUUACAUUGGCUCGGAUUUACAACUCAGAAGAUGGUGAGACCAUCCCGCCCUUCAAAGAACUUGUCAUGGACGUCGGUCUCGGCCUGCGACCUAUGAUGCUGUUCUCUGGUAGCCCCUGGGACGAUCCUACAUUGACUGCGCACAUCAUCCUCAAGAGCGCCCUUCUCGACAUGUUCAAGGGUGAAGAGACGAACCAGGUUGAUGUCGAGGGUCUGCAGUACGUGAUGAUGGUUGGUGCGGAGGAGCCCCAAGAUGGCCUCUCGCCCAUCAUCCACAUGCGCUGGUACAGAGUCGUCACCAAGCGCAGUGGCCACAAGCUGCCCCGCGUGGAGUUGCAGGAGGUCGGUCCCAAGUUUGACUUCAAGGUCGGUCGCACACGCCAGGCUGCUCCUGAGGUUCAGAAGGAGUCCAUGAAGCAGGGCAAGCGUCCCAACGAGGAAGCCCGAACCAAGAAGAACGUCACCAUGGACUCUAUGGGUGACAAGAUUGGUCGUGUUCACCUCGGCAAGCAGGAUCUGUCUGAACUGCAGACCCGUAAGAUGAAGGGUCUCAAGCGUCGGGCGGGUAUGGAAUCAUCGGACGAGGAGGAUGAACCAACUGCGGAUAUGAUGGAAGUGGAUGAGGUCUCUUCCGAUGAGGAGAUUGAGAGCCACAAGAAGGCACGGAAAAACUAA